AUGAGUAUGCAUAGAGUAGCCCGCGCUGUGGCUUCACAGGAAGCCUGCGCUGGAGUGCUACGUGGGAGUGUCUCGAGAACAAGAUUCUUAUGCCUCAAUGCCCCUAUUCAAAGGCUCGGGGCAAGGAGUGCUAUACUCGGCGGUGGGCUGGGAGCAAAGAGACAUUUUUCUCAAUCGCCAAUUAUUAGAGCUGGUGGUGCGCAAGCUGUGUUAGAAAAGGCGGCCGCGGAUCCAUCAGCACUUACCCAAGAAGCAAUUGUCGAUAACCUGAAUGACGCAGAGAGAGAGCGACUGAGGAGGAUCAGAAAUAUUGGUAUUGCAGCACACAUCGACAGUGGCAAAACGACCGUCACAGAACGAGUUCUUUUCUACACAGGACGAAUUAAUGCUAUACACGAAGUUCGAGGAAAGGAUGCAGUCGGCGCAAAGAUGGACUCGAUGGAAUUGGAGAGGGAAAAGGGUAUUACAAUUCAGUCUGCAGCUACGUUCUGCGACUGGUUAAAGGUCGAGGAUGGAAAGGAGGAGAAAUACCAUGUAAAUUUGAUUGAUACCCCCGGACAUAUUGAUUUCACAAUUGAGGUCGAGAGAGCUUUACGAGUGCUGGAUGGAGCCGUCAUGAUUCUUUGCGCUGUUAGUGGAGUUCAGAGUCAAACGAUCACCGUCGACAGGCAAAUGCGAAGAUAUAAUAUUCCUCGUAUUAGUUUUGUCAACAAGAUGGAUAGAAUGGGUGCCAACCCUUUCAAAGCGGUCGAACAAAUCAACCAAAAGCUACGAAUCCCAGCAGCAGCACUUCAAGUCCCUAUUGGCUCAGAAGACAGCUUCAACGGUGUCAUCGAUUUGAUCAGAAUGAAGGCUAUCUACAACGAUGGACCCAAGGGAGAAGUUAUGAGAGAGACUGAUGUGAUCCCCGAGGAACUCAAGCAACUAUGCAAAGAGAAGAGAGCUUUAUUGAUCGAAGUAUUGGCCGAUGUCGAUGACGAAAUCGCCGAGAUUUUCUUAGAUGAGAAGACCCCAUCUAUGGAGCAAAUGAAGGCUGCUAUCCGACGGGCAACCAUUGCCUUAAAAUUCACACCUGUCUUGAUGGGAAGUGCUUUGGCAGACAAGUCAGUGCAACCUAUGCUUGAUGCAGUCUGUGAUUAUUUGCCAAAUCCUGCCGAAGUCGAAAAUUUAGCGCUUGACAGGCGAAGAGCUGAAGCCCCUGUUAAACUUGUAUCGUACAAUGAGCUUCCAUUCGUCGGCUUGGCCUUUAAGCUUGAAGAAAGUAAUUAUGGUCAGUUGACCUAUAUCCGAGUCUAUCAAGGAUCCUUAAGGAAGGGCAUGAACGUGUUCAAUGCUAGAACCGAUAAGAGAGUCAAGAUUCCCAGAAUUGUGCGAAUGCACUCUAACGAGAUGGAGGAGGUUCCUGAAAUUGGAGCCGGAGAGAUCUGUGCUGUGUUUGGUGUUGAUUGCGCUUCUGGAGACACUUUCACCGAUGGUGGCUUACCAUACUCAAUGUCUUCUAUGUUCGUACCAGAUCCUGUCAUCUCCUUGUCUAUCAAGCCCAAGACAACCAAAGAUGGAUCCAACUUCAGUAAGGCUAUGAAUCGAUUCCAGCGCGAGGAUCCGACAUUCCGUGUCCACGUGGAUGCUGAAAGUCAGGAAACCAUCAUCUCCGGUAUGGGAGAAUUGCAUCUUGACAUCUACGUGGAGCGCAUGCGAAGAGAGUACAAGGUCGAAGUUGAAACCGGUAAGCCUCAAGUCGCAUACCGAGAGACCAUUACUGAACACGUGGUGUUCGAUCAUACUCUCAAGAAACAAACCGGAGGUGCUGGUGACUACGCUCGUGUCGUUGGGUUCCUGCAACCUAUUGAGCAUGGUCCUAACGGAUAUGCCCCAUCCACCUUCAAGGAAGAAGUUACUGGAGGUUCCGUUUCCGACAAAUUUUUGUAUGCUUGCGAAAAGGGAUUCCUCGCCUCUUGUGAAAAGGGUCCUCUUCUCGGCCACCCCGUUCUUGGUACCCACAUGGUUGUCAAUGACGGUGCAACCCAUAUGACCGAUUCUUCCGAAAUGGCUUUCAAAAUGGCCACCCAACAAGCUUUCCGCAAAGCUUUCAAAGAAGCUAGACCACAAGUUCUUGAGCCCCUCAUGAAAACCACCAUCACAGCACCCAAUGAGUUCCAAGGUAACAUUGUUGGUUUAUUGAACAAGAGAAAUGCUAUCAUCAAUGAUACAGAUAUUGGACCAGAAGAUUUCACUCUGUUGGCAGAUUGUAGUUUGAAUGCUAUGUUCGGAUUUAGUUCGCAACUGAGAGCUGCUACGCAAGGAAAGGGAGAGUUUGGUAUGGAGUUUAGUCAUUAUGCUCCAACGCCGGGACAAUUACAAAAAGAACUCAUUGCCACUUAUGAAAAGGCACAAGCCGAUAGACAUAAGAAGUAG